AUGGUUGACAGACCAGCUGUCGACUUUUCUACAUUUAAUAAACUCACACAAAUACCCGAAACACAUUUUCCCUCCUCAUUUGUUCUUCUGUACAGGAAAAAGAUGUCGCAGAGUCGGAGGAAUCAUCUCAAGAGUUUGCUGCUGCACAUCGGCCAGGCGAUGCUGGAGGAGGAGGCUCAGGAGGCCGAGAGGGAGAAGAUGAAGUACAUGGAGGAGAACUGCCCCGGUCUGUCCAUCCCAGACAGCAUGCAGGACCUCCAGGAUCUCUGUCGGAAACUUCACAAGCAGAUUGAUUUGGUGGACGAGGAGCGUUAUGACAUGGAGAUCAAAGUGAACAAAUCCAACAAGGAGAUCGAUGACCUGAAGAUAAUGGUCCAGGAUCUGAAGGGGAAGUUCAAGAAGCCGGCUCUGAGGAAGGUGCGGAUGUCAGCCGACGCCAUGCUGGCCGCCCUGCUGGGCUCCAAACAUAAAGUGUCUUUGGACCUGAGAGCAAACCUGAAGCAGGUCAAGAAGGAAGUGAAGGAGGAGGAGAAGCAGACGGGCGACUGGAGGAAGAACGUGGAAGACAAGUCUGGGAUGGACGGCAGGAAGAAGAUGUUCGAGACAGAGGCUUAAAUGUCAUCGUGUUGAGCUGCUGUUAUUCUGCCUCGUUUUUUCAGUCUGUAGAAAUGAUUUUAAAAAAGGAAUGAAUCAUGUUGCAUUUUUUGUGUUUAAUGUCACUAACUGGAUAAAUAAAGAAAUAGAAAUUAGAAUUAGUCCACACAGAUAAAUCAAUAUUAGCUUAUCUGGCUGCACCUGGUAACAAUGACAGAAGCACAAAAAUAGAGUAAAAUAAAACUUCAAAGAAGGA